CGACCGCUUCCCCCGUAACGCUCCUCACCUUGAAUCAAGCGGUAACUAAACAAGUGUCUUGAUUCGAGCUGACGUUAAAGUUCACAGAACCCAAAACACGGACAAGAAACACAGGCAUCAAGCAACGUCAGACGGUGUUGGAGCGUACACCAGCGAUUUAAAGAGGUCUCUUAACUCGAGGCAUAUGUUUGGUUGGACCCAUACAUGGAUGAGAACUUCAUCAAGCAGGCAUUUAGCGCCAUGGGAGAAUCGCCGUUUGGAGUCAAGAUCAUCACUCACAGGAUAACAGGUGGUUCAGCGGGAUACUGCUUUGUGGAGCUGGCUGAUGAAGCUAGCGUCGACCGCUGUGUCCAAAGGCUGAACGGGAAACUGGUUCCCGGAUCAAACCCGCCCCGGAAGUUUAAGCUAAACUAUGCCACCUACGGGAAACGACCAGAGGCGGGGCCGGAGUUCUCAGUGUUUGUGGGCGACUUGGCCUCUGAGGUGGAUGACUUCCAACUGCACCAAGUUUUUAAGAAGUACCUUUCCUGCAAGGGAGCCAAAGUAGUUACUGACCAGUAUGGAUACUCCAGAGGUUACGGCUUUGUCAAGUUUGGGGAGGAGGGUGAGCAGAAGAAGGCCAUCGAGGAGUGCCAGGGCACCAUGCUGGGGGGGAAGCCGCUCCGACUCAGCAUCGCUGUAGCAAAGAGCCAGAAGAUGAGCAACUUCCACGGCGGCCAGGGCCAGAAUUACCAUAGCAACUACAACCAGUCCCAGUCCAGUUACUACGGCAACCAGGGUAACGGGGGUCAGGGGGGUUACUACUCUCAGUGGGGUGGCUAUGACCAGUACAGUGGCUACAACAGCGGCUACAACAGCGGCUAUGGCGCCGCCUAUGGCAGUGGCUACAACUACAACUACGGGCCCUAUGGGUACCCGCCACCAGGCCACGUGAUGCCACCGCCUCCCAUGGGGAUGCCACCAACUGACAUGUCAGGAGCUGUGGAGCAGAGUCACGAGGAGGGUGGUGAUGUAGACGAGGAUAAUUCAGAAGAACCCAUCCCCGAAUGUGACGUGGAUCAGUGGAACAAAGACUUCAUGCAGCGGAGCGAGGAGCUCUACGACGCCAUGAUGAGCUGUCACUGGGAACCCCUGGACUCUGUGAACUCCCCGAUCCCCUCCCUCUCCUGAUAUAUCUCCUUCUUCUGAUCCCUCCCUAAUGCUUCAAUAGUUCUGUUUUUGGAUUUUGUACUUCCAAUGAUCUAAUACCACAUGGACACCUUUUUAAAAGGGCCAGCUUCAGUUCACUGUCUCACUUCACACAGAUGUUCCUCUUCAUAUAAUCAAAAGUACUCACAAAUAUUCACUUGAUUUUAAUGUUUACCAUGUUGGUAAUAUUCAAAAAGUUGUUCAAUAAUCAGUGACGUGUAGUGCACACUGUUUCAUAUGAACUCUAUCAACCAGAGCUCCCAAGAUGUCGGACGACGUGCUAAAGUAGUCUUCUCCAAUAUUUCACCAUUUUAAGAUAUCACCUUGGAACAUACUCUACUCAUAAUUUACUUCUAUGUAGAUCCAUGAUAAAACAGUGACACCAGCAAAAGCUCUAAAAGUACAAACAUUGCCUUAAUUAUCAUUUUACAUGCAGUUCCUUUUCGUUUUGAUCAUUGUCAUGGUCAUUACAUUGACCUAGUUUAAACAAGAAGUCUUCUAAUUAUUUUUUUGGGUUUUAAUGAAGGAAUUUUCUUCUGUUUUACUUUAUUUUUUUUUCUGAUAGAUGUUAAAGACGUACGAUUAUGGAAAGAUGAUGACGUUGAGUUUCACCAACAGUAAUAAUCAAUCAUAAAUGUAAUUUAUCGACAUUUCCAGACAAUGAGCUCAAUGUCUUCUUGUUAAAUAGACAGAUGGUGCAACCUCCAGUGCUUUUCAGCGCUAUGAGACAGCUGAUUUGCUGUAUCGGACUUCCAGGUAGCAUUUAUUUUCUGCUGUUUGAUGGCUGAUGCUUUGUAUAUAUUUUUCUUUGUGGAGAUGUUUUAUCAAUAAAACAAUUUAGGC